UUGUUAUUGAUAACUGUGGUCAACUUUAAAUAAAUAAAGCCAUGCUUAAACAAUAAUUUUUUUUUUUCUUUAAAAAAAUAAAAUAAAAUAAAAUUUUCGUAUUACGCGUUCUUUUAUAUUCACAUAUAAAUAUUCUAAAAUGUCAGCUAUUAAAGGUGUCUUAAUUGACUUGAGUGGAACUAUUCAUAUUGAUACAAAGGUUAUUCCCGGGGCAAUUGAAGCUAUUCAACGCUUAAAGGAAAGUAAAAUACCUUUCAAAUUUGCAACUAAUACUACUAAAGUGUCUUCAAAAAAGUUGGUUCAAAAAUUAACAAAUCUCGGAUUUAAUGUUGAAGAGAAAGAUGUAUUUACAUCCUUAUCAGCUUGUCAUGAUUUGAUUAAAACAAGCCAUUUGCGGCCUAUGCUAUUUAUGGAAGACGCUGCUAUGGAGGAAUUUAAAGAGAUUGAUACAAAUAAUCCAAAUGCUGUCGUUAUCGGUUUAGCUCCUUCUAAAUUUAAUUACAAUCAGUUGAAUGAUGCAUUCCGUUUAUUAACUUCUGAUCCAAAUCAUGGUAUUCCUUUGAUUGCUGUUCAUAAAGCAAAGUAUUUUGCUGAUAAAGAUGAAAAGCUGUCACUAGGUCCUGGAGGAUUUGUACAAGUACUUGAAUUUGCUACUGGUAUAACUGCCAAGGUUGUUGGUAAGCCUACUGUUGAUUUCUUUAAAUUGGCCCUUAAGCAAAUUGAUAUGGAGAAUAGACCACAAGAGGUGGCUAUUAUUGGCGAUGACGUUAUAAAUGACCUUGGAGGAGGUGCUCAAGAGUUAGGCUUACAUCGCUUUUUAGUACAAACUGGAAAGUAUCGUGAAGAAGAUAGUAAAGCAAGUGAAAAUGUAAAUGUAUUCAAGUCAGUAGUUGAGGCCAUUGAUUAUAUCAUUGAUCAAUAUAAUCAUCCUUAAUAAGGAGUGAGAGAGUAGUCAUACAACAAUUCCUUUUUUUUUUUUUUCUCAGUCUUAU